CAUUUUUAAUUUUUUUUAUCUCAUAUUCAAUGCACCUUUUCACAUUUGAGCACUUUUUUUCUUCAAAUAGUUCAGUGUUGAAAAUUUUAGCAGGUUUAGUUAAACUUCUAUGUCAAAUUUUCUCCCUUUUUCUUUUUAAAAUUUGCUUGGUCUGAUGACUUGUUGGUUGAUGCCCCCGCUGCUUGGCCUGCUGUGUAUCGACUUCUUUUAUAGAGUUGAACACUGUUCUUCCAGAAUUCAAAGCUUUUGGAGGUCUUUUGGGGGCCAUUGAACCAAUGGGUUUCUCUUAAAAUCCUUGAAUUUGGGAUAUUUUCUUUUCUUCAAGCUUUGUAGCCUAAUUCUUACCUCCCCCAAACAAGAGAAUUGAAGCUCGACUUUGCAGUUUUUGUAGGUAGUCUGUUUUGUGCCUCAUCACAUCUGGAUCUGCACUGGAAUUCAUUGUAUUUUAAUUCUUUGAGGCUAUGAGGUGUUUUAAAAUUCCGGGGUGGGGAAAACAGGAUGAACCGAAGACCCCUACACCAAUUUCAACUCGAUCUAUGAAUUCCACAUUCACUGAUCGAGGAAUAGGGCGGUCUGGAUCUGCAAUAGACUCUCAAAAUGUAUCAAGACUCAGCACUGAGUCCAUUAGGAGGUCCUCUUUCCCUAGCAUGUCUCGAGGACCAAACAAUCUAAGGGUGUUCUCAGUUUCUGAUCUUAAAUCCGCCACCAAGAAUUUUAGCCGCUCUGCCAUGGUCGGAGAGGGUGGAUUUGGUUGCGUUUACAAGGGGGUUAUCAAGAGUCCCGAUGAUGCAUCGAAAAAGAUCGAAGUAGCAGUGAAACAACUUGGUAGACGGGGGUUGCAGGGCCACAAGGAAUGGGUGACAGAAGUAAAUCUCCUUGGUGUGGUUGAGCAUCCUAAUCUGGUAAAGCUAGUGGGCUACUGUGCUGAAGAUGAUGAAAGAGGAAUCCAGAGGCUUUUGAUAUACGAGUAUAUGCCCAAUGGAAGUGUGGAAAAUCUUUUGUCCGAGGAGUCGGAGACAACUCUUUCGUGGGGGAUGAGAUUGAAAAUAGCCCAAGACACCGCUCGAGGGCUAGCAUACCUACACGAAGGGAUGCAUUUCCAGAUCAUCUUCAGGGAUUUUAAGUCUUCUAAUAUCCUUCUGGAUGAUCAAUGGAGGGCAAAACUAUCGGACUUCGGAUUAGCCAGGUUGGGCCCUUCGGAAGGUUUAACUCAUGUCUCAACAGCGGUUGUUGGAACAAUGGGGUACGCGGCUCCUGAAUAUGUCCAGACGGGACGUCUCACGUGCAAGAUCGAUGUCUGGAGCUAUGGGGUAUUCCUCUAUGAACUCAUCACAGGCAGGCGCCCUUUCGACAAAAACCUCCCCAAGAGUGAGCAAAAGCUCUUGGAAUGGGUGAAGCCAUACCUAUCAAAAGCAAAGAAGUUCGAGCUGAUACUGGACCCUAAACUGAAAGGGAAAUACCAACUCAAGUCUGCUCAAAAGCUUGCGAUCGUGGCCAACCGAUGCAUAGUCAGAAACCCGAAGUCACGCCCCAAGAUGAGUGAGGUGUUGGAAAUGGUGAACCAGAUUGUGGAGGCAUCAGCAGGAGCCAUAGGUCCCGAACCGCCAUUGAAGGUUACACCAUCUGUUGAUGCCUCUAGGGCAACCGAAAGGAAACAUAAGAGGAGGAUUAUAGAUUCCAGAGGUGGUUAAGAGUUUGUACAACAUGUUAACAGUGAAGAUUUUAAACAAACCACAACUGCAGCCAUUUCAGUUGGUUAGAUAGAUGUAACUUCGAAGAAAACUCGAUAGCGGAUCGAAGGGGUUUAGCAUGAAGUCGAGUGAGCAAUGCGAUCGGAUGUCCUAUACAAUUAUACAGGUGGAAAAUGGUUCUGAG